AUGACUCGCUCAUCCCAGGACGAGAACUCUCACGCCUCGACGAAGGUUCCCGCCGAUGACUACCUUCGUGCCCUGAGAAAGCUUCACACCAAGCUUGGCAAGAGUCUUGAAAUUUGCGUCUGGAAUGGCUUCACGAAACAAUUUCUCCCACGGGAUGUCUUCUCAACAUUGUUCACUGAGGAGAAAAUUCGCGCUUGUCUAGAUAACCCGUCAGACCAUCUCGUCGAAUUUUUGUCCAAUAGGGCGCAGAAGGUUUUUGCAACUGCUGUCAUCAGCAGAGGCUAUCGACCCUUGACGCCAUUUCUCCGGCGCUGCUUCGACAUCGGCCUCGACGACAAGCGCCUACCCAUCAAGCCUUACUCCAGCCAUGACGCACAUAACGCACACAUUGAGCCCACCAUCGAAUUUCGUGCAUUUGCGGAUUUCGAGAGCGUUGCAGACUCGGACGACAGCGAUACGGAUGCGGGUGUGGAUGGCGACGACACACGUAUCGAUCAUCUCCACUGGAGCAACUUUCAUGAUUUGCAAUGGACUUUUCUUGCACCUGUCUUCGAUGCCGCAAAUAAAUUGGAGCAUACCUUCGACCCCUUGACUCGCUUCCCAUUCAUCCAAUGGGGACCAGGCUCUGCUCAAGGUCAUUUCGGAUGGGUGCACGAAGCUGUCCUACAUCCUGCCCACCAUUUGAACUUCCCUUGGCCGGAGGGCGCGCCUUGUCGGGUCGCUGUGAAAGAGUUCAAGCGCUCACAGAAAGAUGCGGAGACCAGCGAUGAAGCACAACGGGCUUUCGAAGGAGAGGCGACUGUCUUGCACGAUCUGAGUCAACUCGAUCAUCCCCACAUCGUCGGCAGGAUUGCAGCUAUCGAAUAUGGCGACAAGUAUAUCCUGCUGUCCCAAUGGGCGGAUGGGGGCGAUCUGCGGAAAUAUUGGUCAAGCAACCCCACGCCUAAACUCGAUGAGCGCCUUGUUCGUCAAACGCUCAUUCAACUCAGAGGCCUAGCUAACGCCAUUCAUGCUUUGCACACUGGAGACAGAUUGAAUCCUCUAUCUCGUACGGCUACGAUGAGAGAUUCCCUGCCUGAUGUACCAGGACGACCUCUGCUUCCGAAGAUCGUCGCCGCUGACGAUCCAUCACAAGAAAGCGACAUUCACUUCCGUCAUGGUGACCUCAAACCAGAAAACAUUCUCGUCUUCAACAUACCGGGCAGCCAAAUCGGCCUGCUCAAGAUCGGUGAUCUAGGCUUGGCGAAGCGGCAUUAUGCGCCGACAGUCCACCGACGGCAAGCCACAAGUACCAAGUACGGUACAUUGUCUUAUGAGCCGCCUGAAGCAAUCACUAUGCCGGCGCGGCCCCGCUCGAGGCGCUACGACAUCUGGUCAUUUGGCUGCAUCAUGUUCGAGACUAUGAUUUGGCUGUUGUAUGGACAUCAAGGGCUCAAGAGCUUCUGGGAUCUGUCUGUCGACCCUGCCCGGGGCACUCUCUUCUUCACGACACGUGCUGCGCCAGUUGGCUACCAAGCAAAAGUCAAUCGCCACACAAGCCUUUUGAUGGAACGUAUGUUGGCUCAAGACCUGACAGGCGCUGGGCCACCAGGUUGUGCUCUCCGAGAUCUGCUCAUAUUGAUACAGGAGAAAGUUCUCGUUGUCGACCUUCCUGACUUCAGCGAAUCAUCCUCGUGUCGCAUCGAUGCAGGAAGUCUCCUGACAGAAAUGACAAACAUCGUCGACAAAGCCAAUGGUCGUGGUGGUGCAGAUUAUCUGCUGCCAAACAUUCUUCGUAACUCGGGCCGACCGCGCAAGAUUCCGAUCGCCGUCGAUUCUCCACAGCCUACCGCUGCACUCCUUGCCGUGCCUGGGGCUGCUCAAAGAGAAAUGGCAGCUAACGGUAUAACAGUAUCAUCCGGUAAGCAUUGCCUCACAAAGUGCCUCUGCCAGAACCUGACUGAGCUGUUCAAGAUCGACCGGAACGACUGGAAGCACCUUCUUGACAAUGAAUUCUCUGUGGCAUACAUGUCGACAGUUGCCAACAAGCUCGGCCUUGCAACUCGGAGGGCAAGCGAUAAGCUGUGUCACAAUUGCUUUCUCAUGGUUAUACAGCUACUCUCUCGCCCCGACGUUACUCGCCGCAGCCGCGAUUGGAAUGGAACAUGUGCCCUUUGUUCGCUCCUUCGACGCAUCUCAUCGUCAAACCAACUUGAUCUUGGGUUCGGCUAUACCAUACAGGUUGGGAGAAUUGGCUCGAGACUCGCUAUCAGCCGGAACGGACAGCCAGCUCGUUCUUUGUGCUUGGGUCAAGCUUAUGACCCAACGUCCAAGCAUCAACACAAGACUAUUCAGGUGUCAUCGCCGCAACUGUUUGGCAUCAGAAGCUUUGCCGUCUUCGAACUUCUUCGCCAAUGGCUUCAAGACUGCGAUCAUCACACGCGAUGUCGUCGUGAUCCUGAUCUACACGUCCUUGCCCAGGUGGAACUUCCAACAAGAUUGGUCGCGAUUGGCAUGCCUUUAGAAUCCAUCAUCAGGGUCGUGCAUCCAGGGACAGCUGUAAAAUAUGCUGCAGUGUCCUAUAGAUGGGGCAAUGUGUCGCGCCAUCUCGAUUAUCAGACCACCCGGGCGAAUUUGAAAAAGAAGGAGGAAGGAAUAUCCCUGGCAAGUCUGCCUCUGCUUCUUCAACAUGCGAUUGAAGUGGCCAGAGCAAUCGGCAUGGGUUACAUUUGGAUUGAUGCAUUGUGCAUCAUACAAGGCCCAGGCGGCGACUAUGAUACCGAGGCGGAACGCAUGGAGACGGUAUUCAGCGGCGCAUAUUGCGUCCUUGCAGCCAGCCGUGCUUCGGACGUCUCGGAUGGAUUUCUAGUAGAACGACCACAACGCGAAGUGAUUACCGUGCCAAUUCCUGACAGUCCGUCCAUAUUUAUCGCUGAAGACAUUGAUCAUUUCCAGCGCGACGUCAUUGAUGGAGAACUAAACCAGCGUGGUUGGGUCCUUCAAGAGCGGGCGCUGGCGCGACGAACGAUAUACUUUGCUGAAAGCCAAAUCUACUGGGAGUGCGGAGAAGGCAUAAGAUGCGAGACAUUGACUAAGAUGUACAAGUCAAGCAGUGGCGAAGCCGCCUUUCUCGGAGAUGCAAAUUUCCCUCGUGUCGCAGCCCACAACACCAAAGGCGGUCAGAUCGUCUAUUUCCAGCAUCUCUAUGAACAAUAUUCACGACUCGCUUUCACCUCCUUCCUCGACCGACCCAUCGCCAUCGCGGGUCUCGAACAGCGUCUGUGCCGGGCAUUCGAGACCGACGGGAGUUUCGGCAUCUUCGAACGCUAUCGCGGCCGCUGCAUUCUCUGGCAUCGUGCGGCCAACGUAAAUCGAUUGGAACGGAUCCUGUUCAGCUCCAACAGAGAACGCGUGCCUUCUUGGUCGUGGAUGGCCUACAUCGGCGGCAUCACCUUCCUCGACUUACCAUUCGACGAGGUCGAAUGGGCGGACCGCGAAAUGUCGUCGCCGUGGUCCAAGCAGCCCUGGAGAUUCUACAGCGCCACUCAAACCUCCGCUUGGGCCGGCCGGACCACGAAUCGCGGCGUUGUCCAGCUGCAAGUCCUGACCCGAGAAUUCGUCGCACGCGUCAAUCACCGGACUCAUCCGGGGUACAAGCUGGUCUGGGAUGCCGACGAGUCGCCGCUCGAUUCGGUCCGGUGUGUCAACAUCGCCCGGCAUAAGGGCAGCGAAUCGCCAAAUUCGCAGUACUACGUAUUGAUUGUGAAGAAGCUCGACAACUUGGAUGUGUAUGAGCGGGUCGGUGUGGGCUGGCUGCCGAAGGAGGGCAUUAACUUUGAUCGAGAACGGAUGGCUGUCACGGUGCAAUGA